AGCACUCCCGAGUCUCCGACUGCACCAGCCACCGCCGUUCGUGACUUCGUCUUAUAAAAAAAGAAAAGGAAAACAAGGAAGGAAGAAGUGGCCCCCUCGGGACGCGGAGUCCCACCAACUUCGUUCUUCUCUUCUCGCCUCUCCUCUCCUUUCUCUCUGUAUGGUUCGGCGGUGGCUUUGAGGGUGGGGACAAGUGGAAGGAGCCGCGGGUGGUGAUGCUUUCCCGUCUCGUCUCCUCUUUCUGACCGGUGAUCAUGCUGUUGAGCUCACGGUGGUCGUCGUUUUUCCGGUAAUUCCUUCGUUCUGCGGAAGUGAAACUCUCGUCUGCCGAAACACCGCGUGUUUCUAGGCUUCUUCUUGGUGUUCGUGCUCCUCGGACGCCUUUUUCUGGUUUCUACUACAAAUUUGAGGGUUCAACCUACAAGAAAAAAGCUCCGCUCGUGCAAAUUGGAGAGUUUUUGUAGUUUCACUUGUCUUUGAAUCUGCGUUGAAGAUUAUAUGGUCGUUCUUCCAGUUGGGAACUUUUUCCUCAUGGUCAUGGGGGGUUCAUUUCCCCAAACUCUGUGCUCUAACCUACUCGCCUCUUCGGUUAAACCGUCUCAAGAUUGAGAGUGUCUGAUUCAUCAUUCUCUGGUGAGUGAUUGUAUCGAAGGUUGGCUCAGGAGUCCAAUUUCAGGUUAAAUCAGUUUUGGGGGCGUCGGAUUAGCACCAGAGAUGCAGAGACCAUCUUCUUCUUGGGGAGUGAUUUCUGUGGCCACUCUCUGUUUGUUGCUGUUUUCUUUCCUGACACAUCCCGCAUAUUCUUUUGUUCCUACUGACAACAUCCUUCUGGAUUGUGGAGCCACCUCUGAUGGCAGCGAUGCUGAUAAGCGUACCUGGACCAAGGACUCUGGUUCACCCUAUGCUCCUCCAAUUUCCGACUCCUCUUCUCUUGGCCAAGCGGCGGGUGCUAAUUCCGACCCCAACCUCCCUUCCAAAGUUCCUUACGGGUCGGCUAGAGUAAUGACUUCCUCUGCCUCGUAUAAGUUCAAUCUGUCCAAUGGCCGUCACUUCGUCCGCCUCUACUUCUAUCCUUCUUCGUACAUCAAUAUGGAUUCAAACAGUGCUGUUUUCUCCGUUACCUCUGGGCCUUACACGCUCCUGAGCAAUUUCAGCCCUUCCAUCAAUGCGCUUGCCCUCAGUCAGGCUUAUAUCAUUCGCGAAUUCUUCAUCACAGUGUCUGGAGGUUCUCUGCAACUCACCUUCACACCUUCAUCUAAUACUACAAAUUCCUAUGCCUUCAUCAAUGGCAUUGAGAUUAUUUCCUCUCCAGAAUUUUUUGGUUCCGAUCCCUCCAAUUCGUCAUUGCUUGUGGGAUCGGGCUCUACCCAGUACCCUGUGGCUGCUUCCUUUGCGCUUCAGACUAUUGCUCGGUUAAAUGUUGGUGGGAACUAUAUCUCCCCUGUUUUAGACUCAAACCUCUCUAGAAUCUGGUAUGAGGAUCUUCCUUAUAUCUAUGGCGCUGGUUUUGGAGUUUCAUACAGUAAGGAUGACAAUGUUACAAUCCGUUAUCCACCAGCAGUCCCUGACUACAUCGCUCCAGUCGGUGUAUAUUCCACUGCUCGCUCAAUGGGACCUAAUGUAUCAGUAAACUUAGCAUACAACCUCACUUGGUUGAUCACGGUGGAUAAUGGAUUCACUUACCUGCUCAGGCUUCAUUUUUGUGAGAUCCAAUCGGAGAUUUCUAAACAGAACCAGAGGGUGUUCACUGUGUCCGUCAAUAAUCAAACUGCACAAUCUCAAGUGGAUGUAAUUUCAUACGCCUCGCAAGAAAUUACUUCUGGCAGCCCCACUGGCGUACCUGUAUAUCGUGAUUACGCGAUAACUCUCCCACCUGGAAACGGUGGACGGAGUGUCUUAUGGAUUGCGCUUUAUCCUAACAUGGAACUCAAGCCUCAGUAUGCCGAUGCAAUUCUUAAUGGGCUUGAGGUCUUCAAGGUUAACGAUUCUUCUGGUAACCUUGCCGGACCAAACCCAACCUUGCCACCACCUCCACCCCCAUCACCACCUAUAGGUAAUUCUCCCAAGGCCAAAAGUGCCGGUGCACGAGGCCCGGUGAUUGGAGGUGUAGUUGGUGGUGUGGCCGUGGUCCUCGCAGGACUUGGGAUCUGCUUAUGCUUGUGUAGACGAGGGAGGAAGGACGAAGCUGGCCAUGGUGGCGCAGCUGGAUGGCUACCGCUGUCGCUAUACUCACCUACUGAAAAUGGCAAAUCCACCACCAUCACCACUUCAUCAACAAGCUCCGGAAAGACCGGCACCACUGGGAGCUAUGCUUCUUCUCUUCCUUCCAAUUUAUGCCGGCAUUUCACAAUUUCAGAGAUAAAGGCCGCUACCAACGACUUUGAUGAGUCUCUUCUCCUAGGUGUUGGGGGCUUCGGUAAGGUCUACAAGGGUGACAUUGGUAAUGGCACGAAAGUCGCUAUCAAGAGAGGCAAUCCGCUCUCCGAACAGGGAGUUCACGAAUUCCAGAAUGAAAUCGAGAUGCUCUCAAAACUUCGCCACCGCCAUUUGGUUUCUCUGAUUGGCUACUGUGAGGACAACUGCGAGAUGAUAUUGGUCUAUGACUAUAUGGCUAAUGGAACUUUGCGCGAGCAUCUCUAUAAGACCAAGAAGCCACCCUUGUCCUGGAGACAGAGGCUUGAGAUCUGCAUUGGGGCAGCAAGAGGACUGCACUAUCUUCAUACUGGUGCCAAAUACACCAUCAUACACCGAGAUGUGAAGACGACCAACAUACUUCUUGAUGAGAAAUGGGUUGCCAAGGUAUCUGAUUUCGGGCUCUCAAAGACAGGCCCAGCCAUGGACCAUACUCAUGUGAGCACAGUUGUGAAAGGCAGCUUCGGCUAUCUUGACCCGGAGUACUACCGCAGGCAGCAGCUUACUGAUAAAUCUGAUGUUUAUUCAUUUGGUGUCGUGUUGUUUGAGGUUCUUUGUGGUCGUCCUGCCCUUAACCCAUCGCUGCCAAAGGAACAAGUGACCCUGGCCGAGUGGGCAGUCGAGUGCCAAAGGAAAGGAAUUCUUGAACAGAUCAUUGAUCCAUUGUUGAGAGGAAAGAUCUCACCGAACUGCUUCCGCAAGUUUGCGGAAACUGCAGAAAAAUGUCUCGCUGAUAGCGGAACAGACCGUCCUGCUAUGGGUGAUGUUCUGUGGAACUUGGAAUUCGCUCUACGGUUGCAAGAUGCAGCAGAGGAGGCAAACGAGAAGGGAGCUGAUUCAGUUUUCAUAGGAGAGGGAAAUGAAGAAAUGCCGCUAGCUGCCGGUAAGUAUGUUGAUUCAACGGGAGGCUUCGAUGGCCUAACCGACACGCAGACCACCGGAAUUAGCUUAGGGGACAGCAGCGUCGCCAGUGGGGACUUGGAAAGGAUGACGACCCCAAGCGCUGUGUUCUCCCAGCUUGUCAAUCCGAAGGGCCGCUGAAGCACAGCAUUGCACGGACAACCAAAUCAAGGAUCCCACAGAAAUAGUUAUUUGAUGGUAAAAGGCAUCAUCAUUCGUGAACCCGCUUCUUCUGCUGCUCCUUUAGAAGCAAUUGUUGAUUCUUUUGUUUUUGGCGUCGAAACCGCGUGAGCAUAGUUCAUCUUGCUUGUCCAUGUCUUUUUGUGUAAUCUUUUAUAUUUCAUCUACCAAUCUUGAACCAUAGUUUAUCCAUUAUGUACUGUAAUAUAGUGUUGACAAUAUGAAAGAAUCGAAUCUCUUUCUCA